ACGGGAUCCAUAUCUGUUUUCACAACUCAUCAUCGUCGCCGUCUGUAGUUUGGCCGCGGAGCGUAAUAUCAGACUUUUCCUGUUAAAAUCCAGUAAAUUCGUUUCAUUGGACCGCUCACCACUUUAUUGAAACCAUAACGAAAAUGUCUACCGCCGCGGAAAAGAUUGAAGAAACUCCAGUCAAGGGUAAAACCAAAGAAAAGGAGGAGGAAAAGGCUGAGCUGAGUGAUGAAGAUAAACAGCUGCAGGAUGAGUUGAACAUGUUGGUAGAAAGGCUGCAGGAACCAGCAGCCGAUUUGUACCUUCCGGCGCUGGAGACGAUGGCCAAGUUAAUCAAGGCUUCGACAACUUCCAUGACGUCGGUUCCCAAGCCGCUGAAGUUCAUGCGGCAGCAUUUCGAUACCAUGAAGGAAAUUCAUAAAAAUAUGACUGCCUCGGUCAAGGAUAAGGUUACGGUGAAGCUGUGCGCCGAGAUCAUCUCCGUGCUGGCCAUGACCAUGGGAACGGGCAAGGAAUGCCUGGUCUAUCGUUUGCUCUGUGACGAUAGCAAUGAAAGUAUCGGCGAUUGGGGUCACGAGUAUGUUCGUCAUUUGAGCGGAGAGAUUGCCUCCAAUUGGCCGGAAACCACCGAAGAUUUCCGAAAACGUUUGAUUCACCUAAUCCAUCAAAUAAUUCCUUACAACAUGGCCCACAACGCUGAAGCUGAGGCCUGCGAUUUGUUGAUGGAAAUUGAGCGAUUGGAUUUGCUGGAGGCUUACGUCGAUGAAAGUGCUUACCCGAGGGUGUGUCUGUACUUGCAGAGUUGCGUUCCAUAUGUUCCAGAACCGGAAAAUAUCAGCCUGCUGAAGUGUGCACUGAAUUUGUCUAGGAAAUUCAACAUACAUACCCAAGCCAUGCGAUUGGCUUUGAUGAUCAAUGACAUGCAGCUGAUUCAAGAUAUUUUUACGUCUUGCAAUGAUUUGGCCAUCCAAAAGCAGUUGGCAUUUAUGCUGGGAAGACAGCAAAUCUUCUUGGAACUGCCCGAGGGCUCCAAUGAUUAUGACGAUCUUGUCGAAAUUAUGUCCAACUCUCAUCUAAAUAAUCAUUUCUUGAAUUUGGCUCGUGAGUUGGAUAUCAUGGAACCGAAAACCCCGGAGGAUGUGUACAAGUCUCACCUGGACAAUUCCCGUACUUCAUUUGGUUCGUCGCAAAUCGAUUCGGCGCGUCAAAAUUUGGCCGCAAGCUUCGUUAACGGAUUUGUUAACGCUGGCUUUGGUCAGGACAAACUUUUGAUGGAGGAUGGCAACAAAUGGCUGUAUAAGAAUAAGGAACAUGGAAUGCUGAGUGCCACCGCAUCGCUUGGUCUGAUCCUUCUGUGGGAUGUUGAUGGUGGUCUUACGCCCAUUGAUAAAUAUCUUUACUCAAACGAAGAUUACAUCAAAUCCGGUGCCCUGUUAGCCUGUGGUAUCGUCAAUUGUGGAGUUCGCAAUGAAGUUGAUCCGGCAUUGGCUUUGCUUUCGGAUUAUGUUCUUCAUCAAAACAGUACCAUGCGUCUUGGAGCUAUUCUUGGUCUAGGAUUAGCGUACGCUGGCUCCAACAGAUCUGUGGUGUUGGAGCUUAUUGGUUCUGUGUUUAGCUCCGAUCGUCGUACCGGUUCUACGAUGGAAGUCAUGGGCAUUGCAGCUCUCUCCCUGGGCAUGAUUGCGGUUGGUUCCUGUAACAGCGAAGUCACCGAAGUCCUUUUGCAAACUAUUAUGGAUCGUUCGGAACUGGAACUCAAGGACACUUAUGCUCGUUUUCUUCCAUUGGGUCUUGGGCUGGUCUACUUAGGCCGCCAGGAAGCAGCCGAAGCUGUAAUCGCUGCCCUGGAAAUCAUUCAAGAACCGUUCCGUUCAAUGGCCACAACAAUGGUUGAAAUUUGUGCUUACGCUGGCACUGGAAAUGUUCUUAAAAUCCAACAACUGCUUCAUCUUUGUUCCGAGCACUACGAACCUGCUUCCUCGGAAACCGAAAGUUCAGCAUCUAAGAAGGAUGCGGCUGCAACAGCCCAGAAAGAGAAAGAAGACAAGGAGAAGGAUCUUUCUACCUGUCAAUCGGUGGCUGUCCUCGGAAUCGCUCUGAUUGCAAUGGGAGAAGAAAUCGGUUCCGAAAUGGCUUUCCGAUCCUUCGGAAACCUCCUGCGCUAUUGCGAACCGUGCAUUAGACGAGCUGUUCCUCUAGCUCUCGGAUUGAUUUCCGUGUCAAACCCUAAGCUCAACAUCCUCGAUACCCUGAGCAAAUUCUCGCACGACAGUGAUGCGGAAGUAGCUCACAAUGCUAUCUUCGCCAUGGGCUUGGUAGGUGCCGGAACCAACAACGCCCGACUAGCGGCCAUGUUACGCCAGUUGGCUCAAUACCACGCUAAGGAUCCGAACAAUCUGUUCAUGGUUCGCAUUGCCCAAGGUUUGACCCAUUUGGGCAAGGGUACGUUGACUCUCAGUCCGUAUCACAGCGAUCGGCAGCUCAUGAGCCCGGUAGCCGUGGCUGGUCUCAUGGCCACGUUGGUAUCUUUCUUGGAUGUAAAGAACAUCAUCUUGGGCAAAUCACACUACUUGCUGUACACAUUGGCAACGGCCAUGCAGCCAAGAAUGUUGAUUACGUUUACCGAAGAUUUGAGCCCCUGCCCUGUGCCGGUUCGCGUCGGAAUGGCUGUCGAUGUAGUUGGUCAGGCCGGCAAACCGAAAACAAUCACCGGUUUCCAGACGCACACAACACCAGUUUUACUGGCCAUGGGCGAACGAGCCGAACUGGCCACCGAAGAGUACGUCUCACUCACACCCGUUAUGGAAGGUUUCUGUAUUCUAAGAAAAAAUCCCAACUAUGUUCCAUAAAGUGGUCAUCAUUCGAUGCUGACGGAAUGUUGGAGAUUCAUUUAAGACUAAGAAACUGAAACAAUUUGAAUGAUUCAAUAAAACUACUUAUUGCUAAUUUAGAUUAUACAAUUAUCAUAUAUUUGAUGUCUCACAGCAAGUAUUUCAAUAAAAAAAAAUAAAUAAAACAGCGAUUCAA